AUGCUCCAUGAAGAUACCACAGGGUUACAAAAACCACGAUAUGGAACCAUUCAGGACGAUGAGAGACUGUCGGCGGAGGAGAUGGACGAGCGGCGGAGGCAGAACAUUGCCUAUGAAUACCUGUGUCACUUGGAGGAGGCCAAACGAUGGAUUGAGGCCUGCCUGGAUGAAGACCUGCCACCAACCACAGAGCUGGAAGAGGGAUUGAGAAAUGGAGUAUACUUGGGCAAACUAGCGUCAUUCUUUUCUCCUAAAUUGGUGUCAGAGAAGAAAAUCUAUGACAGAGACCAGUCUCGCUUUAAGAGCAAAGGCCUUCACUUUCGGCACACAGACAAUACAGUGCAGUGGUUGAGAGCCAUGGAGUCUGUGGGUCUCCCAAAGAUUUUCUAUCCUGAAACGACAGACGUCUAUGAUCGUAAAAACAUGCCUAAAGUGGUUUACUGUAUACACGCAUUAAGUUUAUACUUGUACAAACUUGGUGUGGCUCCUCAAAUUCAAGAUCUUUUGGGAAAAGUAGCUUUCACAGAGGAAGAAAUCAGUAAUAUGAGAAGUGAGUUGGACAAGUAUGGUAUCCAGAUGCCAGCCUUCAGUAAGAUUGGAGGCCUCUUGGCCGACGAGCUGUCUGUGGAUGAAGCUGCCUUGCAUGCGGCUGUUAUUGCCAUAAAUGAAGCCAUCGACAGAGGACAAACAUCGGUCACAAUGGGGACUUUGAAUAAUCCAAAUGCAAUGUUGAGGAACAUUGAGGAAGCUCUGGCCCAGGACUACCAGGAUGAACUGAGCCGGGCUAAAGCACAGAAGCAGGAGCAGUCUGCAGGGCGGCGCUCAUCUGUUUCUACUGAAGAGCGAGAUGUUUAUGAAGAGCUGCUCACGCAGCAGGAGAUUCAGUGCUGCAUUGACCUUGUGAACAGCCAAACUGCAAUACUAAACGUGAAUAAAGCUCUGGUGGCCCAGGACACGGCUGCUCUGUUGGUGGCUCUUAAACGUGAAGCCUUAGGCCUGUUAGCUGUUCAGGACGCCAACGGCCGCUGGUACCUUGAGAAUUUUACAACAUACUGUCAACACAAAGCCCAGGAAGGACGAAAAGCAGUAAUGAGUGACAGAAGUGAAAUUCAGAGACUUGUCACUUCUUGUAAUGAUUAUGCAGAGGCCGAGAAACGAAAACUGGAGGCUGUUGCCACGAUUAACACUGCCAUUCGUCUUGGAAAUGCAACAAACACUGUUGAGGAGUUGAUGAACCCUGAGGCGCAGCUGCCUUUAGUUUACCAAAGUGCUGCCAAACUUUAUCAAUCUGAGCUAUUCAGUCUCCAGCUGCAGACGGGGGGACGGAGCGGCCUGGGGCAUGAAGAGCUGAGUGUAGCAGUGGAAAUGUUGUCGGCUGUAGCUGUUCUGAACGAGGUGCUGGACACUAAAGAUCCACAUGCUGUUAUUGAACAAUUGACGGACUCUCCCCUCGGCUUCACCAACAUCGACUCAGAAAACCUCCACAGAUAUGCUGAUACACUGAUAAAGGAGCGCUCAGAAGCCCUUUCAAAAGGACAGGAGUUUCUGACGUGGAACGAUGUUCAGAAGUGCAUUGACGUUGUCAACGUUCAAGUCAUUGAAGAGCAUGAACGAGUUAUUGCUAUAGCUGAGAUCAACGAGGCUCUAAACUCUGGUGAUUAUCAGCAGACACUGGCAGCACUGAUGCUGCCCACAGCAAAGUUAACAGGGGUGAAUCCGGACACUGCCAAACACUACCAUGACGUCCUGCUGCGUACAAAAGAGCGGCUCUGUCAGAGUUCAGGGGACGAGUCCCUGGUUUUGUGGUUGGACCAAAUUCAAGACUCUAUUGACACUGCCAAUAAAAACGAAGAGGAAGCUCUCUCAAUGGCUGAAACAAUAGCUCAAGUGAACAGAAUGAUUUCUGAAGGAAACUCUACAAACACACUCCAGGCCUUGCAGGCGCCCUCUGCUGGUAUUAGAGCAGUACUUCCUGAAUGUGCUCACACUUAUCAGUCAGAGUUGGAACAUAAACAGACCAACUGUAAUAAUGAAGCCCCUACAAAUAGUAUGUGGGUAAAACAUUGCAUUAAAGAGCAAUACAACUUUUACUACAACUUGCAGAAUGGACAGGGCACAUGGGUGGAGCCAGUGGACUUUGAAAACAACAGUAAACAUUUGAGCAGAGAAGAGAUCCAGGGUGUUAUUAGCUCAGUGACUUCAGAGUAUAACAGGGAACAGUUAUGGUUGGCCAAUGAGUCCCUGGUAACGCUGCUUCAAGCCCAAAUCCGUGGGUACCUGGUCAGAAAGAAACAUCGUGAAAGAAUGCACUAUCUGCGCCAACACGAGGAUCGAGUGGUACAACUGCAGGCUUUAUGGAAAGGCUACAAGCAAAGAAAGAUUUACAAUGACCGAAUUAAUUUACUGAAAUCUAAUGUGGAGUUUGUUGUCAAGAUACAAUCCUUUGUGAAAAUGUGGAAAGCCAAACGGAAAUACAAUGAAAGGUUACAGUUUUUCAAGGCUCAUGAGAAAGAGAUUGUAAAAAUCCAGGCUUUUCUAAAGGCCAACAAAGCCAGAGAGGACUACCGGACACUCACUGGAGCAAAGGAUCCUCCUCUAUCUGUUGUGCGCAAGUUUGUCCAUUUGCUGGAGCAAAGCCCUCUUGACCUACAGGAGGAGCAGGAGGUCACCGGGCUCAGAGAGGAAGUGGUGACAAAGAUCCGCUCAAACCAACAGAUGGAAAAAGACUUGAAUUUAAUGGAUAUUAAAAUCGGUUUGCUUGUGAAGAACAGAAUUACUUUACAGGAUGUCGUAACCCAUAAUAAGAAAAUGAAGGACCUAAAAAAAUCUAAUUCAGAAGAUCUCAUUAAUGGAACGAGACUGGGGAUAAAGGGCCUGAGCAAAGGCAAAAGGAGGACGCUUGAGACCUAUCAACAUCUCUUUUACUUGCUGCAGACUAAUCCGUCCUAUUUGGCCAAGCUUAUUUUCCAGAUGCCCCAAAACAAGUCAACAAAAUUUAUGGACACAGUCAUUUUCACUUUGUACAACUAUGCUUCCAACCAGCGAGAGGAAUACUUGCUACUCAAGCUCUUUAAGACUGCUCUUGAGGAGGAAAUCAAUUCUAAGGUCGAUCAGAUUCAGGAAAUUGUGACUGGAAACCCGACGGUUAUCAAGAUGGUGGUGAGUUUCAACAGGGGAGCGCGAGGACACAACACGCUGAGGCAGCUGCUGGCGCCUGUGGUGAAGGACAUCAUCGAGGACAAAAGUCUGGGCAUCAACACCAAUCCUGUGGACGUGUACAAGGCCUGGGUCAACCAGCUGGAAACUGCCACAGGAGAAGCCAGCAAACUGCCGUACGAUGUCACCCCAGAGCAGGCCAUGUCCCAUGAGGAGGUGCGCAACAGACUAGAGGUGUCCAGCCAGGACCUCCGCACUGCGACAGACAAAGUCUUAAACUCUAUUGUGUCCUCGCUGGAUACUAUUCCAUAUGGCAUGAGAUACGUAGCAAAGGUUUUGAAGAACAGCCUGCACAAAAAGUUUCCUGUGGCCUCAGAAGAUGAACUGCUGAAGAUUGUGGGGAAUUUGCUGUACUACCGCUUCAUGAACCCAGCCAUUGUAGCUCCUGACGGCUUCGACAUCAUUGACAUUUCGGCCGGAGGUCAGCUACAUGUGGACCAGCGCAGAAACCUGGGCUCUGUGGCCAAGAUGCUCCAACACGCCGCUGCAAAUAAACUGUUUGAAGGAGAGAAUGCACACAUGACCCCAAUGAACAACUACAUCUCUCAGACAUACGAGAAGUUCAGGGCAUUUUUCCAAACUGCUUGUGAUGUGCCUGAACCCGAGGAGAAAUUCAACAUAGAUGAAUAUACGGACAUGGUGACUUUGAGCAAACCCAUCAUUUACAUCUCAACAGAAGAAGUUAUCAAUACGCAUUCGCUGCUGUUGGAGCACCUGCAGGCCAUCGCUCCAGACCAGAACGACCUACUCCAUGAGCUGCUCCAGGACCUUGGGGAAGUGCCGGAUGUGGAGGCACUGCUUGGUGAAGGUGCAAUUGAUCCUAAUGACCCAAACAGGGAGGCCGCACUAAGCCAGCUGGCCAAGACUGAGAUCUCACUCACUUUAACCAGUAAAUGUGAGCUGCUGGAUGGAGAAGAUACGGAUUUAAAGACUCUUAUGACAAAGACUAAAAAACUGGUAGUGGAUGUUAUACGGAUUCAACCCGGAGAAUCCCUGACAGACAUUCUGGAGACUGCAGCUUCUUCCUCUCAGGAGCUGGACCACACAGAGAUCAUGGAGAGGCGUGCGGUGCAGGACGCACAAACCCCCGAGGGCCUGAAGAGCAGCGCCGCCCUGCUGGAGGAUGGCCAGCUGCCGCUUGAACAGAAGAAGAGGAAAAUCUUGAGAAACUUGAGAAACUUGGAGCAGGCUGGUGUUGUGACCGCAGCCAACAAAUACCAAGACGUCAUCAAUGACAUCGCCAAGGACAUUCGCUACCAAAGGCGCUACAGACAAAGAAGAAAGGCUGAGCUUGUGAAGCUGCAGCAGACUCUAAAAGCAUUGAACUCCAAAACUGCCUUUUUCCAAGAACAGAUGAACUACUAUGACACAUACAUAAAGACGUGCCUGGAUAAUCUCAAUCGCAAAAAUUCCCGUAGAUCAAUAAAAGUGGACAGUAAAUUAGAGGACAAAGGCAGUAAGAAGUGGAAGCCCCAGUCUCUGAAAUAUACAGCAGCACGACUGCAUGAGAAAGGAGUCAUUCUGGAGAUAGAAGGUCUUCAGACAAACCAGUUUAAAAAUGUGAUGUUUGACAUUUCACCAACUGAGGAAGUUGGAGACUUUGAAGUCAAAGCCAAAUUUAUGGGAGUGGAGAUGGAAAAAGUAAAGUUACACUUCCAGGACCUCCUUCAGCUGCAGUACGAAGGCGUGUCCGUCAUGAAGAUGUUUGACAAAGCUAAAGUCAACGUCAAUCUUCUCAUUUUUCUGCUAAACAAAAAGUUCUACGGGAAAUGA